AUGGCCCCUGCAGACAUCUAUCACCGCUUGCGGAACAUGUAUCUCGGAGUUGAUGACCUCCACCAGGCGCUCUUCACGUCCCUCUACGUGCUACCAUUCUACACAUCCAAGACGACCCGCCCGUCGCCAACCCUUAACCGGGAUGCCCCUUCGGUCAUCCGAGCUCGCAUUCAGACGGUGACGCUAGCUUGCGUUGUCUCCACCGCUGCAGCUCUCUACCUCCUCCUAGCAGUCGCCAAAACCAACCCACUCCAGGCCCUACACACCCUAGGCUGGUGGCCGAUCCGACCUCUCGACGUCCUGCGGCCGUUCCUGCUUACAGCCCUGCUCUUCCUCGGCCCGCUCUUCGAGCUCGUCUUCGUGGACCACCUCCCCACCAAAAGCGACCUCACUUCAACCCUGUCCUCCUGGCAAGGCUACCGAAACUACAUCGCCGGGCCCAUCACCGAAGAGAUCCUCUUCCGCAGCGUCCUCAUCGCAAUCAACCUCCUGGCACGCGUGUCUCUCUCUCACAUCGUCUUCCUGACCCCAUUGUAUUUCGGAAUAGCGCACGUCCACCACUUCUACGAAUUCACGCUCACCCAUCCGGAUACGCCGCUUGUGCCGGCGCUGCUGCGGAGCGUGUUUCAGUUCACGUACACGACGCUGUUCGGGUGGUUUGCUGCGUUCGUGUAUGUCCGGACGGGGAAUCUGUACGCAUGUAUCAUUAUCCACGCGUUCUGUAACUCGAUGGGUCUGCCAAGGUUCUGGGGAAGGUUGAGACGCGUGGAGGAGUAUGCCCCGGCGCCGGUGGCGAUUAGGGGCAAGGAUGAUGAGGAUCGGGUUACGGCGAGUGGCAGGGGUAAGGAGCUGGGCGUUGCAUGGACGGUCGGGUAUUAUGUGUUGCUGGUAGUCGGGUUAGCGGCGUUCUACAAGCAAUUGUGGCCGUUGACGGUGUCGGAGGGAGCUUCCACACCGCCUGAUCUCGACAUCGACCACAAGUCCAUCAUCACAAACAACAUCCCCGUCUACGAUUCUCAUAUCCUGAUCGCUACCGGCCGAGACGACUGGCCCAGCCGAAUCGAGGAUGCCGCAACUUCGAACUCGGAGGAUUACAGGGGUUUACAUUGGCCGGGGCUAGUGAGAGAUGUCAAGGAAGCAUUCGGACGGAAAGGUAUAUUCCAUGACGACACUCGCAACACGCUCAGGAAGGAGGGAGAUCUGGCACUUCCCGAGCUGCAGGCUUACCGCCUACCCGACUCAGCACGCAGCAGUCGCAGCACCAUCAGCAACGCCGACCAGACGGACCCCGACCUCCUUGACCUCCUCACGCAUCUCUCAACAAGCACCGCCCCAUCAGCUUCAACCCACCCGCCAUCAAUAGCGUCGUUCCCCAUCACAAGCCCAAUAAUCCUAAUCUGCACCCACAACUCACGCGACAGCCGCUGCGGCAUCCUCGGCCCCUUACUCGUCGACACCUUCCGAGAAGUCGCUACAGAACUCUGGCGCGAGCGCAACCCUUCCGCGCCUUUUGGUCCGCGGCCAGGUUUCGGAUUCCCUAAUGUUGGUCUCUACCUAGACAGCGCUAAAAUCCCAAUUGUAGCGGGGAUAAGUCACGUCGGCGGGCACAAGUGGGCGGGGAACGUGGUCAUCUAUAUGCCUCCUUCUAGGGCACUUGCGCCGAAUGUGACGGCGCCGUCAGGAGACAUCGCCACCACCGCCACCGACAAUGACAGCAGAGAAACGUACAACCCAGAUCACGGUAGCCACCCGCUGGCAGGCCACGCGAUCUGGUACGGUCGUGUUGAGCCCCGACACGUGGAAGGGAUUCUGCGGGAGACGGUGGUGGGUGGACGGGUGAUCCGCGACCUGGCCCGAGGCGUUGUGGACUUCAAUAGCACCGGUGGCAAUGGCGAUAGUACAAUUGGAAGGGCCAGGAUGGUGUAUAUCUAA